AUGACUUUAGUCGUAUAUAACUUAACAUGUUCCAGUGGAUAUAACACCACCACUACCUUUUGGCAGAAAUUCUGUUGCCCUAAGUGUCAAGUGGAACUCCCUCCAACAUCUUUAGCCAAUCAGGUAAAAAGACGAAUUGAAUUCUUCAUAUCCACAUACUACAAAGGAAUUAUGAUGUGUGAUGAUGAAACAUGCGACUAUACAACAUGGAGUUUAAACUUGCAUGUUGUUGGUGAAUCUGAGAGAGGAACAGUGGAUGCUAAGUUGAAGGCUACAAUUGAGAAAGAGGUUGGUAAGAUAAGAGGUUUGGUUGGAUUAGCUUUUUCCACAGCACAGAAGGAUGCUGAUGAAGAGGACUUUGGUGAUGAGGAUGAUGAAGAGAAAGAUCAUCAAGCAAUAGAUAUCCUUUUAGCAGAGAUCGAUAUAUAUGAGCUUUUUGCUUUCAAACAUUGUUGGGGAAGAAGGUUGAAACUUGCUCUUUGUGAAGGAUCCACCAAGAACAAGAAAAACACAAACAAUUUUUAG